AUGUCAACACCCGAGGCAUUUAGCGAGUUCAACACUGCCCCAUCUAAUGUAGACGAGGAACCAAUUUAUGGUCCGCCCACAUUGACACAGGAAGAGAUCAUAAGUCUAUUGGCCCAGACCCAGGAUGAAGGCCCCGAAGAUUAUACCAGCAACUUUAAUGGUCAACCUGGCAAUUACCAGUUUGGGCUUGGUGACAAUAUUCGCUUGGAGACAGCAGUCCAAAGUUUGAGUAUCAAGGUAGAAAGGCUGGUGGGCCGCAUUGAUGAGUAUGAGGAAAGGGUGGGAAGAGCUACAAAUGCUGUUAUGCGGCUAGAGGAUAUCUUCCAAUGUGUCAUCAGACGUGAACAGGCUGCAAUGAGCAAGUUUGGUGAUUUAGCUAGCCGAUAUGGGACGUUGAAUGAGUAG